AUGAUUUUUGUGCCCCGCAAAGGUGUUCACACUUACGUCGUGAAAGCGCUCAUGGUUUGGAUCAACCGUCUAGGGUACAAGAAGGUAAUUUUGCAACAUGAUUCGGAAGAAGCUUUGCGAACAGUUGUGGAACAAGUCCAGCAAAAGAUGGGACCCGAUAAAGUGCAAGUGCGUGCCAGCCCUCCGUACAGCCACCAAAGCCAAGGAGGUGCUGAGAACACAAAUCGUCUCAUGGCAGGAAUGCUGCGAACAUGGUUGAGUGCACUGCGGGAGAAAUACCCCGAUCCAGAACAGCCCAUUGACAUCAAUCAUGUCAUUGUCCCAUGGUUGUGUCGUUGGAUAGCUUUUGUUUGGGCCAGGUACCAUGUCAAGCAUGAUAACAUGACUGCAUUCAAAAUCGUCACUGGUAGGGAGUACGCAUCACCAAAAAAACUUGGUGCCCGGCGCAGGUGUGGUGCCAGGGUUUGA